CACCUUUCAUACCACGAAAAACCAAAAGUACCAAAGCUAGGGUUAGGGUUAAGGUUUCUGUGGCAUUUUCUUUUGUUGGAGUUGUGAAUCGGAGAGAUGAGUUCGACGGGUGGAGGUGGUGGAGGGUCGACUAAGGGCGGGAGGGGAAAGCCCAAGGCUUCGAAGUCGGUGUCGCGGUCGCAGAAGGCUGGGCUGCAGUUUCCGGUGGGCAGGAUCGCCAGGUUUCUCAAGGCUGGCAAGUACGCCGAGCGUGUUGGCGCCGGCGCUCCGGUCUACCUCUCCGCCGUGCUCGAGUACCUCGCUGCUGAGGUAUUGGAGCUUGCUGGGAAUGCUGCGAGAGACAACAAGAAGAACCGAAUUGUGCCCAGGCAUAUCCAGCUGGCAGUAAGAAACGAUGAAGAGCUGAGCAAGCUUUUGGGCUCUGUGACCAUUGCCAAUGGAGGAGUCUUACCCAAUAUCCACCAGACCCUUCUACCUAAGAAGGUCGGCAAAGGGAAGGGCGACAUUGGCUCUGCUUCUCAAGAGUUCUAGGGCUUUCUAGUCUCUUUCAUUCGUGGGUUUGCCAUAGUUUGUAAAAUAGAUGUGCUUUUCAGUUUUCUGCUUUUGUCAUCCGAAUUUUGAAAGUUAUCUUUUUUGUUAAAAAAACGAAAUCUGUUAGGUUUCUCAUAUAUGUCCAAUUGGCCUAUUUUUGUU